AUGGGCAGUCAAAGAAGGCUUCUCCUCCUCCUGGCUCUCCUCUUGCUGACGCUGGUCGCCGGGGAAGGCGACGGCGCACUAUCCGCCGCCGGCACAGACGGAGCCAAUGCCACCGACGCGAGGCCGCCGGCCGGCGCGCCGCUCGACGUGCGGGCAAGGAAGUGGCGGCGGUUCCCGGCGACGGAAGGCCUUGUCACGAGCAGCGAGCGGAGGGUGCCCAACUCGUCGGACCCCCUCCACAACCGCUGA